AGAUCACGGAAUGGAACUUUUGUAAAACGAAAUGGUGUUACAACUGCCAUGGAACCGGCGACUACAGACAUUAUAAAAUUUGCGACACCGAUAAGUUCACCGCCAGCUAAAGAACUAGAAUCGUGA